CGCCAGGCUGCUCCCAAAUAUAAACACGAAAUCGAGCAGUUCAGCCUCCUGCAAAUUUUGCAACUUAUACCGCUUUCAACGCUGCAAAAUAUGCGAUCGCAAGGUGACGAGUCACUAGCGAAUUCAUCAGACGAUCGUGGGAGAUAGACGGGCCCGGCCUUCACCCAAACAACAAAGCCCGAGCAUCUCCAUUCGCCCUGGACAGUCACGUUUCCUCCUGUCGCCUGAAGAUCUUCUGGCAGCAUACUUUCACUUGUGUUCUCGAGCUCAUCUCUUGCAAACUGAGCCGAAAACAUUAUGGCUGCAAAUGGAAACCAGCAGCAAGGCUUUCCCAUGAGCUUCGCCGACAUUGAGGGGCUAGUCAAAUUGCUGUACGAACCUGGACACGCAAAGAAGAUCACGCAGACAGAAGCGACCCUGCGAGUUUUACAACGCUCGCCUCAAGGCUGGGAGAUUGCGAACACGCUUCUCAAAAGCGAAGAUGAGCAGGUUCGGUUUUUCGGAGCGCUCACCUUGACUGUGAAACUCAAUGCUGACUCGAACGAAUUGAGCGAGGAACAUUCCGCACAGCUACUCUCCACCCUCAUUCACCAUCUAGUUACACGGCCAUAUUCAUCAAUAGCAACGCGUAAAGUAAGCUCAACGUUAGCCCAGUACUUCACCAAGCCUAUCUCAGUAUGGAGCCUGUGCAUCAGAAGCCUCGUCGUAUCAUUUGCCGCCCAGCAACCAGUACUAGACGACGCGUUGGAGGGUCACCCGGCUACGUGGGAUAUAUUUCCUGGAUUGUCUGAUGAUCAGCUUCUUGUUCUGCUAGACUUUGCCAUGAAUUUGGCAGACGAGGCAAAGAAGCUUUCCGCGAGCCCAAACCGCAAAGUGCACCACGAGAUGAUCGCCAACGCCGAGAGUCUAGAGGCUCUCCUGCAUACUGCCUUUGGACGUGGCUUCAAGUACCUAUCCGUGCCAAUCAAUGAUCCCAGCUACGAUGGUUCAGUGCAACAAGGAGAGAAGAUCUGUGUAGCUGCUUCCAAGUGCUUUAUAGGCUGGAUCUUCUACGCGCAAUCCGAGUUCAAGCAUGUACCAGAAAAGUUGCACUACCUGCGAUCUGUCACCGAGCUCGCCUUGACAUGCCUGGAGUAUCAUGUCGAAGAUGCCAUGGACCUUGUCGCUGAAGUCCUGGAGAACUAUCCGGCGUUUUUCGAAGCAAAGCAUCAAGAAAUGCUAUGGUCGGCUAUUGCAGGUCCCUGGGGUCUGGAGAUUCUGAGAGUGCAGGACGCCGAAACUGUCUCGCUCGCCAGGAUCAUUGUUGCGUACGGUCAAAUUCUGCUAGACUCGAAGAGCCUGUAUAGAGAGCACGAAAUAGUGCAGAACCAACAAGUGAUGUCGUUCUUGCACGACCUCCUGAAAUACCCAGAGACUGUAGGCGUGGACGACGAUGUAGCGCCAGUUGUACUGGACUUCUGGAGCGGCUUCGUCAGCGCUAUCGCCGAAGAAUCGUUCGAGUAUACCGAAGGUGUACUACCGCCCUCCUGGAUGGAAGCGGCCAAGUCCAACGUCUUCCAGGGAAUCUCCGAGCUUGCACAAAAGAUCAUAUAUCCGCCAGCUAGCGAGACCAAAGCAUGGGACUCUGAUACGAAGAAGACAUUCAAGGUCUUCCGUAUCGACGUACGGGACAUCAUCAUGGAAGCGUAUGAGUCACUACGCGACGCAAUGACGGAUCAGUUCAUCAACUUCACCUUGCGUGCGCUUCAGACAGGGAACUGGCUGGAGCUUGAGGCUGGCCUAUUCUGCCUGAUAUCUAUCGCAGAUGCCUUCCAUGAGAAUGUCGAUGAGCGCCUCAAUCGCCUUUUUGAGCAACCUCUUUUCUCGGCUAUGUCUGAUAAUGCAGAUAUACCAGCAAUCGCCCGCAGGUCUGCAGUGGAGCUGGUAGCCGCGCUCAAUCAGUUCUUCUUGCGCAACCCACGCUUCUUACCCCAAGUGUUGCCUUUCCUGCUUAAAGCAUUGGCUCAGCCUGCACUUGCUCACAGCGCAGCCAAGUCGUUUGCUUCCCUUUGUUCCGAGUGUAGAAAAUCGCUCACGGGCGAGCUUCAGUCGUUCUUCCAGAUGUACGAGCAGUUCCUCACGUACCAAACGGCGGAAGAAUUUACGAAGAGCAAGGUACUCGAAGGCAUUGCUGCUAUUGUCCAGUCAGCAGACUCAGAAGAGAAGCAACUCGUCGGCGUCAGGCAGCUGUUUGGCUACAUUGCAGGAGAUGCCAUGGACGCCAUCAAGGUCACCAAAGAGGACAAUGACCCGGAGCAAGGACAGGUGCUCGCAUUGACCACUCUAAAGUGCCUGUCUAGCAUCGGUCGUGCCCUUCAAGCUCUCGACGAAGAAGUCGUGGACCUAGAAGCAGACUCGAAAGCUGAAUCUUCGACCUUCUGGUCAGAUGGACCUGGAAAGGAGAUCCAGAAUCAGGUCAUUAAUAUGAUCAACUACAUGACGCAAGUCUUCCCGGGGAACGACGAGAUCAUAGAAUCGGCCUGCAAUGUCCUGCGUACCGGCUUCAAAGAAUCUAUUCCCGGACCUUUUGUGUUACCACCGUCAGCUGCGGUCGACUUCAUUACCAAGACGACUAUGCAGACCCCACGACUGCCAUUCGUGCUCGAAACAGCAUGUAGCUGGCUCUCCUCUCAUAAGCACAAGAGGCCGGCCGAUUUCGCUGUACAGGCACAACGGCUGCUCCAACAUGACCUGAGCAUCAUGCACGCACUGCAGCAUCCUCGUAACGAUCCAGAGAUCGCCGUCAGUUGCAUUGAGCUCAUCCAACAAUUCGUGAACACGGACCUGAGCCUUCUCACGCAAGAACAUCCAGAUACCCUGCAAGGCAUGCUCAACUUCUGUGUCGAAUCAAUAAAAUCGCCAGAAGUACUGCCGAAGCGUGCGUCUGCAAAACUCUGGAAGGACAUCUUCGAAUCAACCGGAAACUCUCAUGGGCAAAACCAAGGCACUUCGCAGGAUAUCGUCAACCACUUUGGAUACGCAGUGACGUGUGCACUGAUAACCAAUGUCUGUGGUGAAGUCGACUUCACAAGUCUUGAGCACAUUGUUGCACCACUCCGCGCACUGAUCCGGUCUGACAAGAAUGCACGAGCAUACAUCACAAAUUCCCUUGCAGAGCAGCCGCUCCUCCAGCGUUUCCAACAGGAUGCAGCGGUGCAGGAGCUGGUGCGGAAGUUUAUCGAAAGCUCUAUGAGGAACGCAAAGAGCUCGACUGGUUUCAAAGACACAGUCAAGGGAUUUUGGCAGAGCUGUAAACAACUCCAGAUGCAGCUGCAGCCGCAGAUGAUGGCUCAGGGCCACGGUCGAUUCGCUUAGUACGGCAGCGACUACGAGCUCACCCAGCAGCACGCGCUGCUCACAUGCAACUCAGUAGACUAAAAUUCAGCAAACGCAGCCAACGCAAAAGUCAAGCCGAACGAUAGCUUGAACGCAACGUUGUCCUGCACCAGCGACCGUACGUUCAUCGACUUGAAGCGGCGCUGCAGGAACGAGUAGGGGAUGAUGUGGAUGCCUCUCGACUCAAUCAUUUGCAGCGCGACAAUUCCCAAACCAAGCAGAAUCGCCAAUGGCUUACUGAACACACUAAUCCCCAGACCGCCAAUCACACCCAGUAUACUCCCCAUGCUAAUCUGUCGCACAGCCUUCGGAUUCGGUGCCCCCGACUGCGUGAUCACAGGUGUCUGCGCAUCGCGUGCGUA